AUUUCUUUUAUAGAUAUUCAGCGGAUUGAACCGUUAGUACAGCAUCUAAUUUCUUGACUACCAUAAACCUCACCAACGUCGCCAUUAUGCCUGAGUCCGAACUGAUUCCUGGUACGAUCGAUCUGGUCGACGUUCAUCACAUUCGACAUGCAGGCGAUGUUGAGGGCGAUAUUGUCUUAAAUCCGGCGCCUUCCAAUGAUCCAAACGAUCCUCUUAAUUGGUCUCCUUGGCGAAAGACAAUUUCUCUGAUCUGUCAGAGCUUGUAUACCUGGUUUGCAGGCAUGUCCUUGGCUACCGUCUACUCUGUGCUUGUGCCUCUUGCGCGUCAGUCUAAGAUCUCUAUUGCGACACUAAAUGAAGGAACCGGCUAUAUGUUCUUGCUUUUGGGUUGGGGACUGCUGUUCUGGCAGCCAUUCUCGCUGCGUUAUGGCAAACGGCUCACGUUCCUCAUCUCAACCCUAGGAGCUAUUGGCACAAGCGUUUGGAGCGCUCAUGUAUCGAGUAAUGAGCAAUGGAUAGCGAAGUGCAUCGUCCAGGGCUUCUUUGUUGCACCCAUCGAAGCCCUCCCAGAAGUCUGCGUCACUGACAUCUAUUUCACCCAUCAACGUGGUACUUAUAUGGGCGUCUACGCCUUGGCCCUAACAGGCAGCAACUACUUCGCACCUGUCAUUUCCGGCUUCAUCGCUGAGUACCAAGGAUGGCAGUGGGUAUUUUACUGGCCUGCCAUAUUCCUGGCGUUUGUGUUUGUGUUCCUUUUCCUGUUCAUGGAAGAAACGAACUAUAGCAGAGACCUCCAGGCCUUCAACAGACGGCGAGAAUCACUAUCGCCCCCAGGUGAUGAUAAAAAUAGGGAAGCUGAGGAAGGACCCUCUGGUGUCCGCAGCCAAUCAAAGAGUUUUGUUCAAAAAAUGUCGCUUUGGCAACCGUCACUGGACCAAAGGAUGAGCAGGCAAGCCUGGCGCUGCCUCGAGUACCUUGGCUGGCCCGUCAUCUGCUUCGCCGGGUUCUCAUAUGGCUCUUACCUCAUCUGGUUCAACGUCACUAAUGCUACAGCAUCCAUCAUUCUUUCAGGCUCGGGGUACAACUUCAAACCUUCGAUGGUGGGUCUCAGCUAUCUCUCUUGUUGCUUCGGCACUGUUGUUGGAUCGUUGGUGUCGGGAAGAAUGAGCGACUGGCUGACCAUCAAACUGGCGCGCCGAAAUAAUGGGGUCAUGGAAGCCGAGCAUCGCCUGUGGCCGCUUAUGAUUUGCGUUGUGCUUGUUCCAACGUCCUUGAUCCUCUGGGGUGUUGGGGCUCAACAAGGAGUCCAUUGGUUCUUUUUGAUCCUUGCUAUGGGCGCAUUGGCAGCAGCAUACGCGAUUGGUCUGACAAUCAGUAUCAACUACUUGAUUGACUGCUACCAUGGUCUCGCUGGCAACGCGAUUGUGUCUAUUAUUCUGAUUCGCAACACUAUGUCUUUUGCCAUCAGCUAUGGUAUCACUCCAUGGGUUACCAAUAUGGGUUACCAGAAUUGCUUUAUCUCAGCCGCGCUUAUUGGACUGGUUACUUGUUCUGCCUUCUUCGUCAUGAUCAAAUUUGGAAAAGCGCUGCGUUGUCGGAGCGCCCGCAGGUACGCGGAGCUGGUCAAGGAAGGGUAGAGACUCGUUGGUGCGUUUAUUAAGAAUGUCCCGGGUUCGACAUUGUUACUUAUAGGAUUACUCCUUGCGUUCCAAAAAGAGACGUCGAGCAUUGGAUUAGACCCUAAAUUCUCAUUAAAUCUUCUCGAAUUUCUGCCUCUUUUUAUAUGAAAAUGGACUUGCGGAAUAUUUCGAUAUUCUUCGGUAUAAUAUCUCCAUUUACAACACCC